CGUUAAUAUCAAAUAAUACCUAAUUGUACCAAGCAAAUACCGAGUUUUUUGGCGGGAUUUUGACUCCAACCGGACGUUCCUCUAAGUCCUUACACCGGACGUAAUAAAAGUUCCUAAUUAUACAAUUUGAUAUUGUGGGUUCAUUCCUCUCUCCUCCCCUUCUUCUCCUCAAGUCAACCAUUUCCUCCCCACCUUCUCUUCCCAACCAAGCUCCCAUUGAAAACGACUAAAGAACUCCCAACAUAACCCUACGUAGAAAAAGAGGAGAGCCAGCUUCCUCCUCUUCUCCAUUCUCUCUUCCUUUCCUUCUCCAAUAGCCAAAAAAUCUCACCUUGGCAAUUGUUUCUUCACCCUCUAGCCUCACAUGAACCAUCCUCUCCAUUCAACCCUCUGAUUCCGGCCAAAGAUGUCUGCCGGAAACCACUGGGGCGGGUCUCUGGAGAUCCACGGCGACGAAGCCACCGAUGACGAGCAAAGCCGGAACCUUGACCUUGAUCCCCGGGCGGUCAACCGCCGGCAAUUUCUCGACGAGACGCAGCAGAGCUGGCUCUUGGGGCCACAGGUCGCUAAGAAGAGAAAGAAUGAGUAUAUUGACUUGGGCUGCUUUGUUUGCAAGCGCAAGCUGCUGUGGUGGGUAUUGGGAACUCUGUUCGUCGGCUUCGUCGUCAUCGGAGUUCCUAUAAUUAUAGCUAAAUCCCUGCCGAAGCACAAGGCAAGUCCGCCGCCUCCGGAUGAGUAUUCCAAGGCGUUGCAUAAGGCUUUGCUGUUUUUCAAUGCGCAGAAAUCUGGGCGAUUACCGAAGAACAAUGGGAUACCAUGGCGAGGGGACUCAGGGCUCAACGAUGGAGUGAACCAGACGGACCUCAACCAUGGAUUGGUAGGAGGAUACUACGAUGCAGGAGACAAUAUAAAGUUUCAUUUUCCAUUGGCUUUCUCCAUGUCUCUGUUGAGCUGGUCUGUCGUGGAGUACAGCAGCAAAUACAAAGCUCUGGGCGAAUAUGAUCAUAUCAGAGAUAUCAUCAAAUGGGGAACUGAUUAUCUUCUCCUCACCUUCAAUUCUUCUGCAACAAAGAUUGAUAAGAUUUAUGCACAGGUGGGCGUUGCGAAGAACGGGUCGACAGCUCCCGACGACCACUUCUGCUGGCAACGGCCGGAAGACAUGUCCUACCCCCGCCCAAUCAUCUCCGUCACCUCCGCCCCGGACCUCGCCGGCGAAAUCUCCGCGGCCCUCGCCUCCGCCUCCAUCGUCUUCCGCGACAACCCUUCCUACUCCUCCCGCCUCCUCCGCGCCGCCUCCACCGCCUACAGCUUCGCCCGCAGCAGCUCCCGCCGCACCCCCUACUCCCGCUCCAACCCCGAAAUCGCCAACUUCUACAACUCCACCGGAUACUGGGACGAGUACAUGUGGAGCGCCGCCUGGAUGUACUACGCCACCGGCAAUUCAAGCUUCGCAAACUUCGCCACGGAUCCGCGGCUGCCGAAGAACGCGCAUGCGUUUGCGAGCGUGGCGGAUCUCGGCGUUUUGAGUUGGGACAAUAAGCUGCCGGCGGCGAUGCUGCUCUGGACGAGGCUGAGGGUUUUUCUGAAUCCGGGCUAUCCGUUCGAGGAGUCGUUGAGGGGGUAUUUUAAUGCGACGGGGCUUACUAUGUGCGCUAAUCUUAGAAGGUUCAAUGUCUUCAAUUGGACAAAAGGU